UGAAAGUAAGUUUGCAGGCGAAUGCACUUACAGAAUGGAUGUUGAAACUGUGGCGCACAUUUCUCGGCAACAUUAGAAGUCUGGUAAAAGUAUUGAUUUGAAGGAAAGACGAGCAGAUUCUGGGGACAGUGCUCUAAAAUGAGUCUCUCUGGGGAGAGAGAGGAGGGACCUGCCUCUAAAAGGCGUCUCUCUGGGAAGAGAGAGGAGGGGGGCCAUGCCUCUAAAAUGUGUUUCUCUGGGGAACAUGACACCAAAGCUAAGAGUCCAAUCCAGCAGGAGAGACCAGCCUCCCCUGUUCCCAGCUGUGUGUCCAUGAAGAGUGACCAGUCUAUGGAUCCUCCUCUAAAGUUUAGAAAGGGAGACUUUUCUACUGAACAAAGUCCAAUCCAGCAGGAGAGACCAGCCUCCCCUGUUCCCAGCUGUGUGUCCAUGAAGAGUCACCAGUCUAUGGAUCAACCUAUAGAGUUUAGAGAGGGAGACUUUUCUACUGAACAAAGAAACCAACAGGAGAGAUCAGAGUCAGAGAUUCUCAGUGGUCAGUCUUCCCAGAGUCAUCAAACAGACCUGGACUCCAUAUUCAGUAUUCUUGAAGAGAAAAUUAUGACAUUUGUGAAGAAUGAGCUGAAGAUGUUCAAGAGGAUUCUUAGUCCAGAACUCCCAGAAGGCUUUGAGAGUCAGAAGCAGGAUAAGGAAGUGGUGGAUGCUGAAGAUGAGCAGCAGGAGAGCAGUGCCAGAGAGGGGCUCUGGAAGAUCACACUGCACAUCCUGAGGAAAAUGAACCAGAAGGAGCUUGCUGACACACUGGAGAAAUAUUCAGAUGAUCCUGCUGUGAUUUGCCAACGUGAACUCAAAUCUAAUCUAAAGAAGAAGUUUCAAUGUGUAUUUGAGGGGAUCGCUAAACAAGGAAACCCAACACUUCUCAAUAAGAUCUACACAGAGCUCUACAUCACAGAGGGUGGAACAGGAGAGGUCAAUAAUGAACAUGAGCUGAGACAGAUUGAGACAACAACCAGGAAACAAGCAAGACCAGAGACUGCAAUCAAAUGUAACAACAUCUUCAAACCCUUAACUGGACAAGACAAACCUAUCAGAACUGUGCUGACAAAAGGAGUCGCUGGCAUUGGAAAAACAGUCUCUGUGCAGAAGUUCAUUCUGGACUGGGCUGAAGGAAAAGCUAAUCAGGAUGUCCAAUUUGUAUUUUCAUUCCCUUUUCGGGAGCUGAAUUUGAUGAAAGAGGACAAACACACUUUCAUUGAACUUCUUAAUCACUUCUCAAUGGAAACCAAACAAUCAGGAAUCUCCAUCAACAACAAGUACAAAGUUCUGUUCAUCUUUGAUGGUCUGGAUGAGUGCCGACUGCCCCUAGACUUCCAGAAGAAUAAGAUCUGUUGGGACGUCACAGAGUCAACCUCAGUGGAUGUUCUGCUGACAAAUCUCAUUAAGGGAAAUCUGCUUCCCUUUGCUCUCCUCUGGAUAACUACCCGACCUGCAGCAGCCAAUAAGAUCCCUUCAGGAUGUGUUGACCAGGUGACAGAGGUACGAGGGUUCAAUGACCCUCAGAAGGAGGAGUACUUCAGGAAGAGAUUCAGUGAUGAGGACCUGGCCAACAGAAUCAUCUCACACAUAAAGACAUCAAGGAGCCUCCACAUCAUGUGCCACGUUCCAGUCUUCUGUUGGAUUUCUGCAACAGUCCUUGAACACAUGCUGAAACAUAAGAGAGAAGAGAUGCCCAAGACUCUGACUGAGAUGUACACACACCUUGUGGAGUUUCAUACCAAACAGAAGAAUGAAAAGUAUCUUGGGAAAGAAGAGACAGGUCCACACUGGAAUAAAGAGAGCAUUCUGUCACUGGGAAAACUGGCUUUUCAACAGCUUGUGAAGGGCAAUCUGAUUUUCUAUGAAGAAGACCUGAUAGAGUCUGGCAUUGAUGUCAAUGAAGCCUCAGUGUACUCAGGAUUGUGCACACAGCUCUUUAAAGAGGAACGUGGGCUGUACCAGGACAAGGUGUACUGCUUCGUACAUCUGAGCAUUCAGGAGUUUCUGGCUGCUGUAUAUGUGUUCCUCUCAUUCAUCAACAACAAUGAGAAUCUAAUGGACAAACUGCAAACAAAAGAUGAGCCUGAAGUUGCUUUCUACAAGAGUGCUGUGGAUAAAGCCUUACAGAGUGAGACGGGAAACCUGGACCUUUUCCUCCGCUUCCUGCUGGGCCUCUCACUGGAGUCCAAUCAGAAGCACUUACGAGGUCUACUGACAAAGACAAGAAGCAGGUCAAAGACCCAUGCAGAAACAGUCAAUUACAUCAAGAAGAAGAUCAGGGAGAAUCCCUCUCCAGAGAGGAGUAUCAAUCUGUUCCACUGUCUGAAUGAACUGAAUGACCAUUCUCUAGUGGAGGAGAUCCAAAGCUACCUGAGAUCAGGAAGUCUCUCAGAACCCAACCUGUCACCUGCACAGUGGUCAGCUCUGGUCUUUGUGUUGCUGACUUCAGAAAAGGAGCUGGAUGUGUUUGACCUGAAGAAAUACUCCAGAUCAGAGGAAGGUCUUCUGAGGCUGCUGCCAGUGGUCAAAGCCUCCAGAGCUGCUCUGCUGUCAGGCUGUGGAGUCACAGAGGAAGGCUGUGCUUCUCUGGUCUCAGCUCUGAGGUCAAACCCCUCACACCUGAGAGAGCUGGACCUGAGUAACAACGACCUGAAGGAUUCAGGAGUGAAGCUGCUCUCUGCUGUACUGGGGAAUCCCCACUGUAAACUGGAGACUCUGAGGCUGUCAGGCUGUCUAGUCACAGAGGAAGGCUGUGCUUCUCUGGUCUCAGCUCUGAGGUCAAACCCCUCACACCUGAGAGAGCUGGAUCUGAGUAACAACGACCUGAAGGAUUCAGGAGUGAAGCUGCUCUCCGCUGGACUGGGGAAUCCCCACUGUAAACUGGAGACUCUGAGGCUGUCAGGCUGUCUAGUCACAGAGGAAGGCUGUGCUUCUCUGGUCUCAGCUCUGAGGUCAAACCCCUCACACCUGAGAGAGCUGGACCUGAGCUACAAUCCAGGAGACUCAGGAGUCAGACUGCUCUCUGCUGGACUGGAGGAUCCACACUGCAGACUGGAGAAACUCAAUGUGGAACAUGGUGGAGAGAACAGAAUGAAACCUGGACUUAGAAAAUAUGUCUGUGAUCUCACACUGGACCCAAAUACAGUAAACAGACUCCUCUCUCUGUCUGAGGAGAACAGAAAGGUGACAUGGAGGAGAGAGGAGCAGCCGUAUCCUCAUCACCCAGAGAGAUUUGAGGACAGGGAACAGGUGCUGUGUAGAGAGGGUCUGACUGGGCGCUGUUACUGGGAGGUAGAGUGGAGUGGGAGGGGGGCUGUUAUAGGAGUGACAUAUAAAGGAAUCAACAGGAGAGGAUGGGGUGAUGACUGUUGUCUUGGAUUCAAUGACAAGUCCUGGAGUCUGUCCUGCUCUGACAACAGUUACAGAGCCUGUCACAAUAAUAAUCGCACUACCAUAGACGUCCCCUCCUCCAGCUCCCACAGAGUAGGAGUGUAUCUGGACUGGCCAGCCGGCACUCUGUCCUUCUAUAGAGCCUCCUCUGACACACUGACCCACCUGAUCACAUUCACCUCCACAUUCACUGAGCCCCUCUAUCCAGGGUUUUGGGUUUGGUUUGACUCCUCAGUGUCCCUAAAAUAAUAACACACACACACAUUGAACAUACAUACACACGCUGGACACACACUGAACACACACACUGAACACACACACUGAACACACACACUGAACACACACACUGAACACACACACACACAAUUGGACACACACACACACUGGACACACACUGAACACACACACACACACACAAUUGGACACACAAACACACUGGACACACACACACACACUGGACAAAAACACACACACACAUGCUGGACACACUGGACACACACACACACUGAACAGACACAAUUGGACACACACACAAUUGGACAAACACACACACACACACACACUGGACAAACACACACACACACACUGGACAAGCACACACACACACACUGGACAAACACUGGACAAACACACACACACAGAUACUGGACAAACACACACACACACACACACUGGACAAACACACACACACACACACACUCAGACACUGGACAAACACACACACACACAAACACUGGACAAACAGACACCCACACACUGGACAAAAGCACACACACACACUGGACAAACACACACACACACACACACACACACACACUGGACAAACAUAAACACACACACACACACACACACACUGGACAAACACACACACACACACUGGACAACACACACACACACACACACACACACACUGAACACACACACACACACACUGGACAAAAACACACACACACAUGCUGGACACACUGGGGACACACACACACACACACACACAAUUGGACACACACACAAUUGGACACACACACAAUUGGAUACACACACAAUUGGACACACACACACACACACACUGGACAAACACACACACACUGGACAAACACACACACACACACACUGGACAAACACUGGACAAACACACACACACACACUGGACAAACACACACACACACACACACACCCACACACUGGACAAAAACAGAACACACAGACACUGGACAAACACACACACACACACACACACACACAGACACUGGACAAACAUAAACACACACACACACACACACUGGACAAACACACACACACUGGACAAACACACACACACACACACACUGAACACACACACACACACUGGACAAAAACACACACACACAUGCUGGACACACUGGGGACACACACACACACACACACAAUUGGACACACACACAAUUGGACACACACACACAAUUGGACACACACACACACACACACUGGACAAACACACACACACUGGACAAACACACACACACACACACACACUGGACAAACACUGGACAAACACACACACACACACUGGACAAACACACACACACACACACACACACACACACUCAGACACUGGACAAACACACACACACACACCCACACACUGGACAAAAACACACACACACUGGAAAAAAAAACACACACACACACACACUGGAAAAAAAAACACACACACACAGACACUGGACAAACAGACACCCACACACUGGACAAAAACACACACACACACUGGACAAAAACAGAAACACACAGACACUGGACAAACACACACACACACACACAGACACUGGACAAACAUAAACACACACACACACACACACUGGACAAACACACACACACACACUGGACAAACACACACACACACACACACACACACACACA